UCAAAGGAAGGCUGUCUGCUCUAAUACCUAAACAAUUGUAACGCCAGUAAGGAUUUUUUUUCUACUCCAUCACCAUUGAAGGUGGUGGGAAAAAAAGCAUUCUCAGGAGCUGUAUCUGGUUGCACCGGAGGGACCAUGGAUUGGCUGCUAUGUGCAAAGUGUGCAGUCUUAUUUAUAAUAAUGGUAUCUCUAGAAUGCACCUGCAAUUGGAACUUACAGGUUAAUGAUGGAAAAGAUGCAAAUGGAACAAUCUUAUGGAACCCUAUACAACUUCAAAGGCAAAAGCGAGAAUGGUUGGCACCAGUUGUACAUUUGAGGGAAGAAGAAGACAACAGACACAGAAAUCCUAUAGCAAAGGUCCAUUCAGAUAAAGCCAUAAAGAAACAAAUAAUAUACAUUGUUUCUGGACAAGGUGUCGACCAGGAACCGUUUAAUAUAUUCCUUAUUGAUGGCAAAACUGGAUAUCUGAAUGUGACGGGAAUAAAAGUUGAUCGUGAAGUUGUACCUGUCUUCUUUUUAACAGUAAGGGCUCUGUCUGGAGGAGAAGAUGUGGAGAAACCUCUCUCCCUGCGUGUCAAAGUUAUAGACAUUAAUGAUAAUGCACCUGUGUUCUCACAAACUGGUUUUAUUGGGGCAAUAGCUGAGCUAUCCAGUGCAAACAGCCUGGUGAUGCAGAUCAUUGCUACUGAUGCCGAUGAAGUAAAUACAUUACACUCAAAAAUUGCAUACAAAAUCAUUUCUCAGAGUCCUUCUGAUCCCCUAAUGUUCAUUAUGAAUCAACACACUGGAGAAGUCUUCACUGUGUCCAGUUCUCUAGAUCGGGAGGAAAGAAGUAGCUAUUCAUUGAUUGUGAGUGGAGCAGAUAUGGAUGGAGCUGCCGGAGCCCUUUCUGGGCAAUGUGGUGCCUCCAUAAAUAUUCUUGAUGUCAACGAUAACAUCCCUACGCUUGAUUAUGACGAGUAUUCUGUUUCAAUAGAUGAAAAUAUGUUACAACAUGGACUGCUCUUUAUCCAAGUAUCUGAUAAGGAUGAAAUGUACUCUGACAACUGGGUGGCAGAAUUCGAAAUUGUAUCUGGAAACGAUGGUGGUUGGUUUGCAAUUGAGACUGAUGCUACAAGUAAUCGUGGGAUAUUACACGUUGUCAGGGAAUUGAACUAUGAAGCAAUGCAAAUGAUGAACCUUGGCAUUAUUGUGAGAAACAGGGCCCCUUUCCAUUCCUCCAUUCUGUCUCAGUACCAAGCGAAGGUGACUAACAUUGCCGUUCAAGUUCAAAAUGUGAACGAAGGAUAUGCAGUCAUACCACGUCCAUUAACUGUGACCAUUCCAGCAGGCCUCAGCAGGGAACAGUUUUUUAACUAUAUACUGGUGAAAUUGCAGAUGGAAAAUCUGGACACUGGGGAAAUCAUAUCAAAUGCCGUGUUUACUACAGAUGAAAAUAGUAGCAAAUGGUUAUUUAUUGAUGACCAGGGGAAUGUCAGACUUAUAGGCGAUCUUCCUCGUGACACCACUGGCACCGACACCGGCUCUGGCCCAGGCUCAGGAUCCGGCAACCACACUGCAGUCAUCUUUGGAAUAAACAACGAUGAGCCACUCCGAACAGUUACUACCACACUUACUGUGAAUGUCACAACGCCUUCCUGCCCUGUGAUUAAUUCUCAGCCAAGGACAAUAUGUUCAAGAAAUCCCCAGAUUGUUCUUCAGGCAGAUGAUGGCGCUGGACUUUCCACUGCUCCUUUUGUAUACAUUCUUGGGCCGAUUUCAGAUAACUCACCAUUUACCCUGACAAGAAUAAAUGAUACAAGUGGAAUGUUAACAACACUAAAUACAGAUCCCCGCAAUGUUACUGUUCAAAUUCAAAUUAUAAACAAAAAUGGUCAGAGUUGUUCCGUACCUGUAAGUAUCUUACUGCAAAUUUGCCAGUGUUUAGACAACACAGACACCUGCGGAGGUGUAGGAUUAGUAAAAGACAUUCGAAGUGUUGCACUGGGCCCUGCAGCCAUUGGACUUUUGAUCAUGGGAUUUUUAGCACUUUUACUGGCACUGCUAUUACUGCUGCUCUGCUCGUGUGGCUCUGCAACAAAGAACACAUUUAUUCCUGUAGCAGAUGAAUAUGACGGCGCAUACCGACCAUGGGGGACUGAAGGAGCAAAACCUGAAGAUGUGGAUGUGACCAAUUUGCUUGUAAGUUCGAGUGCUCCAGAAUGUUAUGAUGUGAACUCACACAACUACAUUUCUGGGGGAGGACUGGAAUCAACAACAGCGGCAACAACAGCAGCAACAGCUGCAGCAGGUGGCUUUGGAAAUGCAGGGGUUCAUUCCAGAUCUUUUGGCACAGGACUGGGUACAGCCACUGCAGUGGGCACUGGGGCAGGACUGAUUGGAAGUGGUUUGGGAAUACAUGGAUUUUCUGGAGAAAGCAAUGCCGCAGGGUCGUUUACUGGAGGAAUGUCUUCACACUACAGAGAUGGUGGCACCAUUAACACAGCUUUUGUGGAAAACUACAUUACAGAAAAAGCGGAAGCCUACGCCAAUGAGGAUGAAAGUCGACCAGCAAAUGAUUGCCUUUUGAUUUAUGAUAAUGAAGGUGUGGGAAGCCCUACUGGGUCUAUCGGAUGCUGCAGUUUUAUUGACGAAGACUUGGAUGACAGCUAUUUGGACAAUUUGGGACCAAAAUUUAAAACUCUGGCAGAAAUAUGUUCUGGUAAAAAACCUGAGCCUUUGCCGAGUGCUAAAGAACCAAAAGUAGUCACUAGCAUUCCAACAGUAGAGCCUGACAUUAGCUUUUCAUUAAAUGAUGUUUCGAAUUUCCGGGAAAUGUCACCUGCCCCUGUUACUAGUUCUACCUAUGUUACUGAAAGCUUUUCAUCCUCCAACCUGCCACCUGCUAAACCCAUUCAUGAUCCUAGUAAUGUUGUAGUAACUGAGACUUACACAACAUCUGGUCCUGCUUUGAACCCCUCUGCAUUUACUUUUGAGCCGCAUGUUCAGCCUAACAUCUAUGUGACAGAGAGAGUGGUUGGGUCUACUUCAGGAGUGAGAGGUGCAUUUCCUGAAAUAACCGAUGGCUCCAAUGUUAUUGUGACGGAAAGAAUUAUGCGCCCUGCUUCUGGGGUGCAAGAUUUUGUAAAUAUACAAGACAACGCAAAUGUUGUACGACGGGAGAGAAUGAUAGCACCUAGCACUUCAAGGUUGUCUGGGUCUUUCAAUUUUCCAGAUUUAAGCGAGGGUCAGAAUGUGGUUGUCACUGAAAGAGUGAUACAGCCCAUCUCCAAUGUUCAAGGAAAUGUAGAUAUACGCUCUGAUCUGAUGGAUGGACAGAAUGUUCUUGUAACAGAAAGGCUGAUACAACCAGUAUCCAACAUUUCAAGCGGUAGAAUCAUCCAUCCUGAUCGAGUCGGUGCACAAAAUGUAAUAGUGACAGAAAAAACAGUUCGAUCUGCCCCGGCUAUACAAAGCCGUGUACUAAGCCCUGAACCCUUACUCAGUGUUGGAUCCACAUCCCCCAAUGUCACUCGCAGUAGGGUUACUACGUACAGCACCGUCCAGUCUGGUCCAGGUGUCCAAAGCCAUGUGCUAAGCACUGAACCCUUUCUAACACAAACGGUUGGAUCCACUUCCCCCAGCGUCACUCGCAGUAGAGUCACUAAGUACAGCACCAUGCAGUAUUCCAAAUAAUACACCUUUUGUCAUAUUUGUUUAAAGAUUUGAGCUAUAAUAGUGUUAUCAGUGUAAAGCUUGUUCUGAACCCCAUAACACAACUGAUACACUGGCUACAGCCUCUGCUAACAAACUGGGUUUUCUUAUACAUUUAUUGUAGGAAAACCUUUAUGCAUACAGUGAAACCUCAACUUCACAUCCGAUCAUUUUAAGUUUUCCCCUAAUAUUACAUAAUUUUCUUUUGUGUGGAUCCACCUUUACAUUAUGCAUAAUAGAUUUCCCAAAUUUUACAUUUUCCGAGAUAUUUCUAGUCCCCUGUAAAAUGGGGUUCUACUGUAUUCAUGAUUCAUACACCAUACAUCAUAUUCAGUUGUAAUUAUCAAAGAAUAUCCAAAUAGGUACUGUCCAAUCCUAAAUAUUUGGAUUGUUCCUUAAAUUCUUAUAGAACCAGAAAUGUUCGAGUUUCAGAGUUAUUUUGUUACAUAAGAGCUGCACUACAGUUAGAAUUGUAUGUAAUCAGGCUAUGUAUUUCCAGUAGUCCCAAUUAAAGUGCAUUAUUACAUUUUUAAAAAUGUUCUAAUGUUUCUGGAACCAAAUUAGUUCCAGCUGGUAUUUCUGUACUGUAUGUAAAUGGGAUUUGUCAUACAGAGAAAUACAAAUGUACCAGAUUCAUCAGGUUGUAUAAGAAUUUAAUAAACUGAGGUUUAUCCGCUCAGUUUAUCAAAAUUAACAGAUACACUGCUUCAGGGAAGAAAGCAUUCCCGUAUACAGGAGAUCUAUCAAACUUCUCAACAGCAGCUCAAGAGCUAUCAACCUCAGUAAUACAUUUUGCUAUUUCCCAUUAAAAUUCACUUGUAACAUUUGAUCUGUUUUGUCAUGAAGAAUAAACCAAUUGUAUUUAUUUGGUUUAGGUUAUUGGCUUUCUAUUUCGCUUUGUUUGUCAUGCUUACUUAUGAGAACUUUGUAUAUUUUUUUUUCUAAAAAGGGGGAAACCGCAAGAUUUGUCUUUGCUUGAAGUAUCUUUUCACAUAUCAUAAAAGCUAUUCAUUUUUAGAUAGAAAUAUGAAACAGCCUUCUUUCUUUUUAUCGUGCUAAUUACUAUUAAAUAUUUUUUGGUAGCACACGUUCUUGUUUAUAGCACAGCUCCCAUUGACUUUUAUAGAACCUUGACAACUUUUACUUGGCAAAGUUUUGUAUAAGUGGUUUUCGUGGUUUUUAUACUUAAUACAUCUUAAAUAUUUAGAGCUUUUUUUUUAAAAAAAAAACAGGAAAACCACACAUUUUUAGAGAUUUGUGGAAAAAAAACGAAACUUGAUUGUUAGUAAAUGGACCCCUUAAAAACUUUGAUUGAAAAUCUCCAAUAAAGUUGCCCUAAGCUUAUCCUCUGAAAUGUAUGCAAAACUGCACAAAGAUUUAAAUUAAAGUGUAAAGUGGCUUAUAGCAAUUAAUAUUAGAUAGAGUUUUUUAAAAUGUUUUUUCUGUAGGCAGCAUUUAUUACAAUUCCACAGAUCUCCAAGAAUUGUCCAAUAAUUCAAUAGAAGUAGCUAGAACAUGUUUAUUAACAUAUAAAGCUAUUGCUUUAGCAUAAAGCCUUUUUAUUUUGAUUCAACUGUCUGAGCACUUCUUGUCAAAGACCGGCGACAAAAAAUAAAAGGUUUUGUGCUGUAAAUUUUAGGUUCCUGCUUUGUAAAUAAAAGCCCCUGGUAAAUAUUCAAAAUCUCUCUGUCAGUCUUUGUUUAAAGAUCAAAAGACAAGUAAUUAUGUACAAUAAAAUAUGUUUGGUAAA